AUGCGGCGGAUCGGGCCGGAGAAACCAGCGGGCUCGGAGUACUGUACGGAGGGCCACUCUGCACUGCUCACUUGUGCCGUCCAGCAGUCCAGCAGUCCAGCAGUCCAGCAGCAGCAGCAGCAGCAGCGGUCCCGGUCCCGGUCUGCAGCGGCGGUCCAGCCGGCAGGAGCCAGCCAGUCAGCCAGCCAGCAGCAGCAGCAGCAGCAGCAGCCCCGGCCCCGUCCGCGGCAGCAGCAGCUGCGGCGUUCCUACCACCCGCCGUCGCCGUCGCCGUCGCCUGAUUAUGGUGGUAGUGCUGCUGCUGCUGCUGCUGCUACUGUCGACGCUGUUGGUGGAGCUUCUUCUGGGAACAGUAGAGGUGAAAGUGGUGGUUGUGAUUGUGGUUUUGGUGGUGCUACUGCUGUCGAUGCUGUUGGUGGAGCUGGUGCUGGGAGUAUUGGAGAUAGCAAUGCUGGUGACAGUGCUGGAGCUGCAUAUUCUGGUGGCAAUGAGACUGCCAAAUCGGUUGCUGAUGGCGUUAAGACAUUGGAGACGACAGGGAAGGGAGAAAGAUUACUGGAGAAAGACCAUGACGUGACAUUGGUUGAAACAGUUGAGAUGGUGGUGUAG